AUGAGGGGCUUGGCCCGGGGUCUGGCUCCUUGGAGGCUGAGCCUGGGUUGCCUUUGGCUGCUGGCCCGCUUGGGCACCUUGCUGUGCCGCCACGCCUCUCCCCGCGCGCUCUGCUUCUAUGGCCAGGUGCCCGAGAACAGCCCCGCGGGGACGUGGGUGCAAGGAUUGCGGGUGCCGCUGCGCAGGCUGCUGCUGGCCCCGGGUCGGCCGCCGGGGGAGUGGGCUCUGGAGGGCGCCGGCGCCUCCCACUUCGCCCUGCAGCUGCACCCGGCCGGGGGUUCCCUGCCGCCACAGCUGCUGCUGCUGCGCACCGCCGCGCGCUUGGACCGGGAGACGCGUCCCCGCUACAGCCUCUCCCUGCGGGGUCCCUCCAGGGCGGCGCUGCUGCGGCUGCGAGUGCUGGACCGCAACGACCACCGGCCGCGCUUCCCGCCGCCGGACCCAGCUGCACAGCCGCUGGAGGUGGACGAGCUGUCGCCGCUGGGCUCCGAGGUGGCGCGGCUGCGCGCCCUGGACGCCGACGAAGGCGCCAAUGCGCUCCUCACGUACCUCUCGUGGCCCGACGGCGGCUCCGAGCCUGGCCUCGGCGGGCGGCGCCUCUUCGUGGUGCCCCGCAGCGGGCAGGUACUCACCGUGGGCUCCCUGCUGGGUGUGCGCCGCCUCAGCCUCUGGGUCUCGGCCCAGGACCACGGGCUGCCCCGACCCCUGCGCAGCCCGGCCAGGCGCCUCGAGGUGGCGGUGACGAAGAGGAGGAGCGCGCCGGGGCGGCGGGAGGAAGAGCCGGAGCCGGGCGCCACUUUGGCGCGCAGAGCCCGCUCCCUCCUGGCGCCCUCCAGCAGCCCCGUCUACAAAGUGCGCAUCCCCGUCGCGGCGCCAUCCGGGGAGCCCAUCUUCACGGUCCCGGACACGCGCUACCAGGAAGCCGGAGGCAGCUGGUUCGAGCUGGCCGCCCCGGCGCCUGCGGGCUCCUUCUCAGUGGAGCUGGAUAGGGGCUCCGGCCGGCUCUACCUUAGCCGGCCGCUGGAACGGGGAGGCCGGACCGAAGUGAUGGUCAAGGUGCACCGGAUGGAUGGCCCAGACAAUGACUGGUAUUUGUGCCGUGUGGUGAUUGUUGCUGUGGAAGACGAGCCCAUAUCUUGGGAAAUGUACCCAUAUCCCUAUUUGGGACGUGUUGAUCCUGAUGCCCGUGCAGGCACACCAGUCUAUCAGCUGGUUGCCUAUUACAGUCACAAUGAAAACACCAGUGCUGGGAUAUCGUAUGCUCUGAUUGCAGGUGGUGAAGAACGAUUUGAUAUAGAUAUGGACACAGGUGCAAUACUGACAACUGGCUUGCCUUUAACUCUGAACCAGGAAUAUGUGCUCACUGUGUUGGCCAUUGAUGAAUAUGGUAGCAAAAGCCCGUACGCUUUCAUUUCCAUCUUGGCUGGCUCCAGGCCUCCUCAGUUCACGAACAUGUCCUAUAGUGUUUUUGUUCCAGAAAAUACCCCAGCAGGUGAAAGAGUGGCUGUUAUUGAAGCAGUUUCUUUCCAGAGUCAGCCUCUCUCUUACACUCUGCUGAUGAAUCCCAGUGGCCUGUUCAGCAUGGACCAAGAGACUGGAGAAUUAAGUUUGAUGCAUCCAGUGGACUAUGAGAGUGAGCAUCACCUUUACCAUUUUUUAGUGAAAGUGAUGGAAGCAGAGAGUUCACUCAGCAGUGUAAUAGAGGUCAUUGUCCACAUCACAGAUGAAAAUGACUGCUCUCCAGAAUUCCAGCAAUCUAUUUAUAGUCGAGAAAAUAUUCUUGAAUCAAUCCCAGUGGGCACCUCUUUAUUGCAAGUUCUUGCAACAGACUGUGACUCCGGCUCCAACUCCGAGAUUGUCUAUUUUAUUCAGAGUGCAGAGUUUUCCAUCACGCCUGAGGGUGCCGUCAGUUCCAGCCAGCGACUGAACUUUGAACGAUCAAAUCACAUGUAUGAGUUUGUGGUCAUUGCCGUAGACAAAGGGCAUCCUCCUCGGACAGGAACUGCAUCUGUGCGCAUUCGCAUGGCAAAUGUGAACGAUGAAGCCCCAGUGUUCUCCCAGUCUGUUUAUAAAACAUUCCUCUCAGAAGAUGCAGGCCCUGGUAUGUUAGUGGCCACUGUCCACGCAAAGGAUCCUGAUGGAGAUAGAGUCUUGUACUUAAUUACUGGUGGUAAUGAAGAAGGCAAUUUUGAACUGGACAGCCAUAAAGGUAUCCUCAGACUUCGCAGAAACCCUCUGCCUAAGCUGAAGGGCCUGCAGUAUGUUUUAAAUAUUUCAGCUAUAGAUGACAAUUCCUCUGGGGGACCAAGAUCUCUCAGUAGCUUUGCAGAAGUCACCGUAGGAAUUAAUGACAUUAACAACAACAAGCCUAUUUUCAGAGAGUGCGCUUACUACAGCGACAGCACCUGGGUUCUGGAAAACCAGCCACCGGGCACCUAUGUCCUGGAGGUGGAAGCCUACGAUGCAGAUCUUGGAUUAAAUGGAGAAGUGAAAUAUGGUCUCAUGCACAGAGAUGGAGCUUCACCAGGUUUCUGUAUUGAUCCUGAUUCAGGAGUUAUCACUACAACUCGGAGUUUUGACCGAGAAGAGCAGAGGGAGUAUAUUCUCUCUGUGACUGCCACAGAUCAAGCUCAGGAGCCGCUGAUUGGUGUAUGUCAAAUCAAUGUCUUCAUCGCUGACGUGAACGAUAAUAGUCCAAAGUUUGAGAACAGUCAUUAUCAAUACUUCCUUCGUGAAGACACUCCAGUGGGAACCAGCUUCCUCCAAGCUGCAGCUCAUGAUGUUGACCAAGGAGUGAAUGCUAUCAUCACAUACUCCAUGUUACAGCAGGAGCCGGAAUACUUCCAAAUCAACCCCAGCACAGGCUGGGUAUACGUGAAUCACUUAAUCUCCCAGACAUUCCAAAUAAGUAGAUACAUCAUAGCCACAGAUGGAGGGAACCGGAGCAGCACUGUGGAACUGACCGUCACCAUUACGAAUGUAAUCAAUCAGUCGCCACAGUGGGAGAAAAGUGCAUACUGGGUCACAAUCCUGGAGAACACUGCUCGUGACACCAAGAUAGUGACUGUCAAAGCCACAUCCCCGCUUAGUGAUCCAAGGGUUACAUAUAACCUGGAAGAGGGUCAGGUCCCAGAGACUAACAUGCCUGUCCAUUUCUAUCUCAAACCAAACAGAGCAGAUGGGUCUGCUUCACUUCUAGUUGCUGAACCACUUGACUUUGAGACUACCAAGUUUUUCACGCUGAACAUCAAAGCUCAAAAUGUAGCUCUGAUUCCCUUAGCAUCCUUCACCACUGUUUAUGUUAAUGUAACAGAUAUCAAUGAUAAUGUUCCAUUCUUCACAUCUUCCAAUUACGAGGUUUCUGUGCCUGAAGGAGCAGACGUUGGUACUUCUGUUGUGCAGGUUCUAGCUACUGAUUCAGAUUCUGGACUCCAUGGAGAGGUCCGCUAUUUGAUACUGAAGGACGCUAGUGAAGAUUACCAGUACUUCACCAUUGACCCCAAGUUGGGAACCAUUUCCACCCAGGUAUCCUUUGAUAGAGAGAAGAGAGGAUCUUACUUGAUUGAAGUUCAGUCUCAGGAUUCUUCUGAAUCAGCCAGGGCUGGUCUAUAUGGGCAGCCUAACACAGAUACUGCAUAUGUGAGGAUUUUUAUUAGUGAUGUAAAUGACAAUGCCCCUGCCUUCCUACAUUCAGUAUAUGAAAUCAAUGUAGAUGAAGACAAGGAUGUUGGGUAUGCUGUUCUGACAGCAACUGCAAAUGAUAGAGAUGAAGGAUCUAAUUCCAAGCUAAGAUAUCAGAUUACAUCAGGAAAUGCACAAGGAGAUUUUGAUGUAGAACCCGAAGCGGGAACCAUCUUGAUUGCUCAGAGUCUAGACUAUGAACAAGAGCAACAUUAUGAGCUUCAGUUGGUAGCCUCUGAUGGGAAAUGGGAGAACCACACUCUUGUUGUCAUCAAUGUCAUCAAUAAGAAUGAUGAAGCACCUGUCUUCUCUCAGAACGAAUACCACAGCAGUGUCUUGGAGGAGCUUGUUGAUCUGCCUAUAAUUGUAUUACAGGUUUCCGCUACUGAUCCGGAUCAGGAAGCUGAUCAGAGUGUCCUUCGCUACUCUUUGCAUGGACAAGGAGCCCAAAGUGAGUUCACCAUCAAUGAAUACACAGGGGAUAUCUUGGCAAAUGAAAAGUUAGAUCGAGAAAGACGAUGUGUGUGGCGUUUCCUUGUUCUUGCUACAGAUGAAGAUGGUGAAGGUCUAACUGGCUUUGCAGAUGUAAUCAUAGAAGUGACAGACGUGAAUGAUAAUGCCCCUUUUUUCCUUUGUGCCUUGGAUGGUUGCUUUAUGGGGCAAAUUCCUGAAGAUUCCCCAGCUGAGUCCACUGUAAUGGAGAUGUCAGCAGUAGACCUUGAUGACCCUAGAGCCGGGAAGAAUGCAGUGCUGACCUACAGCAUUAUUCAGAACGUCCAAAAUGAGAUUAACCUCAACUUGUUCUCCAUCAGUCCAGUGACUGGCACCAUCUACACCAUGUUAGGAUCAUUAGACAGAGAGAAAGAAGACAAGUACCUGGUAGUGGUUGAAGCAAAGGAUGGAGGGGGUCUUACAGGAACAGGGACUGCCACUAUUUUGGUCACUGACAUAAAUGACCAUGCUCCAACCUUUACACAAAAUAUUUAUACAGCCUUCGUCUCUGAGGAUGCUAGUGUCAACACUGAGGUUGCUGAGGUGUCUGCAACUGAUGGAGAUGAAGGAGAGAAUGCCAUGGUGACUUUCAGCAUCCUGGAUGGAGACGAUGAUCGCAAAUUCCUUAUUGAGACAGACAAAGCAGAUAAGCGUGGUGUCAUUAGGCUGAGGAAACAGAUAGAUUUUGAAAAGCCUCAUGAGAGGGUGUUUAACUUGACCGUGAAAGCUGAGGACCUUGAUUUCUUCACCAUAGCUCACUGUGUCAUCUACGUGGAGGACUCCAAUGACCAUGCUCCCAUGUUUUUUCCACAGUUCUAUGAAGUGGCAGGUCUGCCUGAAGACGUUCCCCGUGGAACGAAAGUUGUCCAAGUUGUUGCUGUUGAUUUAGAUUCUGGGCUGAACGGAAGGUUCUCUUACUCUCUGCUGAACAAGUCAGACCCCAGUUGGCAAUUCUCUGUGGCCAAUGAUGGCUGGGUCACAGUGGCUGGUUCGCUAGAUUAUGAGGCUGUGGCACAGUACCAGCUUGUGGUCAUUGCUACGGAUAUGGGCCAGCCUGCAUUGAGUGGCAGUGCCACUGUUCUUGUGGCUCUUCAGGAUGUAAAUGAUAAUGGGCCAGAAUUUGAUGCUCUGUACAACCCAGUUGUUUGGGAAAAUACUCCUUCUCCUCAGAUUGUGCAGAUGAAUGAUACUUCGACGUUGUUAUAUGCCAAAGAUAGGGACAGCCCAGUGAAUGGGGCUCCUUUCUCCUUUCACUUACUGAGCGACUUUGGCAGUGUGACUUACUUCAACUUGCAGGACUUCAGCAAUGGGAGUGCCAUGCUGACUGCAUUGCAUACGUUUGACAGGGAGGUGCACAAAGUGUUCUAUCUGCGGAUUCUGAUUGUUGAUGGUGGGAACCCACCCAUGAGCUCAACCAACACAUUAACUGUUAAUAUUGGGGACCGUAACGACCAUCCUCAUGCAGCUGGCUUCAUGGAGUGCCUCAUUUACAGUUACAAUGGUAUCUUACCCACAACUGUACUGGGCCAGAUUCAUGCCCCAGAUAAUGAUGACUGGGAUCACAAGACAUAUCACUUUGAAGGGAAAGAACCUAGGUAUUUUAUCCUCAAUGACAAUUCUGGCUUACUAAGUAUAAAAGAAGGAACUCCUGCAGGAACUUAUAUUAUAAAAGUAAAAGUUACAGAUGGUAUCUGGCCUGAUGUGGUCUCUACUGUAAAGGUGGUUGUGAAGGAAAUCAAAGAGGAAGCAGUUCACAAUGCAGGGUCUAUCCGGAUAAGAGAUAUCACUGCAGAGGAUUUUAUAUAUCAGUCAUCCGAAAGUGAAAGUAAGUACAACCAAAUGAAGAAGCUUUUUUCGGAAAUCGUACCAGCCCAACUUGAAAAUGUCCACAUCUUCAGUGUCCUGAAUAGUCCAGGAGAAAUGCAAGGAGUAGAUGUGUGGUUUGCAGUUCAUGGGUCACCAUACUACAGAGCAGAGAAACUGAAUGGCAAUGUUGCUGUGUCCAAAACACGGUUGGAAACCAUCUUGAAUAUCAGCAUCACCCAAGUUGGAAUAGACGAGUGUGUGACUGCAAACUGCUCUCAUGGUACUGGAUGCAUGAGCAAAAAUGAAUUCAGUCCUCUUCCCACAAUCACUUCUUCUGGAAGUGUUUUGCUGGCCUCUGUUACAGUGUUGAGCAGUGCCCAAUGUAUCUGUGAAGCUCGAGAGAGAAAGCACCACUCCUGUUCCUCCUAUCGGAUAAAUCCAUGUUUUAAUGGUGGUACCUGUAUAGAUACGGACCUGGGUUACAGCUGCAAGUGCCCUAUGGCUUUCCAUGGGCCCGAAUGCCAGCAGACCCAACGCACCUUCAGAGGACAUGGGUAUGCCUGGUUCCCACCCAUCAAACCUUGCUUUCAGAGCCGUAUCUCCUUGGAUUUCAUCACCGAAGUGGCCGAUGGCCUUCUGUUUUACAAUGGGCCACUAGCACGCGGGAAACCUGGGGAAGUGGAGGAUUUUAUUGCACUAGAACUCUCAGAGGGUGUUCCAUCACUAACUUUAAGCCACGGCUCAGGGGUGCUGUUCUUGCAACUGUCUCAGAAAGUCAAUGUAGCUGAUCGUCGUUGGCAUAACAUACAAAUAAUGAACAAUGGAAAGAAAGUACAGCUGAUCCUGGACCACUGUGUGAAUGUCUCCAUUAGGGAUGAGGAUGGUGCCCUGGAGGAAGCGUCAAAGAUGGAUUCAUCUGCCUGUAAAGUUUCUUCUGAAACUCCAGGAAACAAGAGAUUUCUUAAUGUUCACCAACCUCUCCAGCUGGGUGGUGUAAAGAAGGCCUUGCCAUACCAUACUUCACAAAAGCACUUCAGAGGGUUUAUUGGCUGCAUACAGAAUGUUGUCGUUGAUAGCCAGGUGUACAAUUUAGAGCACCCUGCAGAAUCCUUGAACAGUGCACCAGGCUGCAUGCUGACUGAUGGACUGUGCCAGAAAGCUGGAGUCCCUUUCUGUGGUGCCCAUGGCAAAUGCACUGGUGACUGGGAUUCUUUUAACUGCAACUGUUUCUCUGGUUACACAGGAUCAAGGUGUGACAAAGCUAUUCCAGAAUGGACCUUUGGAAAGGAUAGUUGGAUUCAUUAUGAACUAAAAAGAGUAUUUAAUACUUACAACACCUAUAUCCAACUUGCGGUGCGCACCAGAAUGUCUUCCAGUACCCUUCUCAAUAUGGUAUCUGCAGAUGGGAGUGAAUAUAUUAGAGUUGAGGUAAUUAAUGGAUAUUUUGGCGUGAGCUUCAAUUUGGGAGACAAAGAUCACGUGCUUCAGUUAAGCACUGUGCGCAUAGACAAUGGCCAGUGGGUUGUACUAGCCCUAGACCGGUAUCAUAAUGAAUUUUUUUUGCGUAUUAAUGAUGGUGGAGGGGAUCAUGAGGUGUCAACCAUUCUGGGCACAAAUGGACAGUUCGAAAUGAAUUUGGCAAGUGUUGUGCUGGGAAACUGCCUCGUGAACUGUUCAGAAAGUGAUUUCCAAGGCUGCAUGCGGGAUGUCCGGCUGAAUGGCCAGCCUCUCCUUCUGGAUGGUCAAAGUACUAAAUAUAGCCUCAUUGUGGAGCAGCAAGGCACUGCCAUAGGUUGCCAUUCCAAUGCUUGCAGCAAUCAGCCCUGCUACAGUCCUUUCCACUGCGUAGACUUGUGGAGGAAAUAUGAGUGCAGGUGUCCAGCUGGCAAAGUGGAAGUGACAGAUAACCUUACAGGCCUUAAACAGUGUACUUCAUCACCCUGCGGACACUGGAACUGUCGCAACGGAGGGACAUGUGUGGCACAGUCGCGAGACAAAUAUGUCUGUCAGUGCCCUGAAGGUUAUAAAGGAAAAUGGUGUGAAGUUAGCCCUGUGAAGGCAGGAAGACCAGUGGGACUCAGUUCUGGUUCCAUCUUAGCUAUCAGCAUGUGCCUGCUUGUCUUUCUAGGUUUAUUAGUCUCCUACACCGUGUGGAGUCAGUGGGGGAGGUCAAGGUUUCGGAAGGGAGGAAUUUACCACAUUCCUGAGGAACAUGAAAGUUGGGAAGAUGUUAGAGGAAAUGUCUUCAAUUAUAAUGAGGAGGGAGGAGGGGAACAUGAUCUGAAUGCUUAUAAUAUAGACAUGUUAAAGACACCUCUACAAACUGUUCCCCCGUUCUCCUCAACAACCACUGUUCCACUUCUCAAAUCACAUUCUGAACUGCAGAGAAGCCCAGUUGUAGAUCGUGCAUGCCGAAGGGAACCUAUUCUUUUGGUUGCCAGUGUCCCAGACUUCAAGCAGUAUAUGUCUCAAAUAAUGCAGGAUGCAGACAAUGAUUUGCAGAGUCUCCCAGAAGACACUAUGCAUUUAUUUUGCUUAGAGGGUGACUGCUCUUUGGCUGGAAGUUUGAGCUCCUUAGACACCUCGAGCACAGAAGAAGAUCAAAAUUUUGAUUACCUCAAAGAAUGGGGACCAAAGUUUGAAAAGUUAAAAGAGCUCUAUGAACUUCCAAGUGAACAGUUAUAAAACCUGGAGACAGGAACCCCAAGUGUUGCUAUGAAAUGGAUAUUAAGAAACACAUUUUAGAAACAUUUUAAUAUCUUAUUUAACAAUACUAAUAAACUGACCAAUUUAUUAAUGCUGUUUAUUUGGGAAUAGUAGCAUGAUACCCUCCUCUCUUUUAUUUUAAAAAAAAUGAAUGCAAUGUUUUUCUAUUACAUAAAUAAAGGUAGGAGAUUUUGUGUCCGUGUGUGUAUGAAUUCUCCCAAUACUUUGGAAAGUUUGUAGCACUGAAAUAGCAUUUCCCUCAGUUUGCUAGUACUGUACCUCAGUGUGUGAAUUUCUUUGGAAUAUUCUGCAAAUGAAGAUAUUUGCAUUUCUGUGUCUUGUAUUAUUUAAUCCUAUUGCACUAAAUGUUUUGUGUGGAUAUUGUAAAAAUUAUUAAAUUCUCUCUUCCUUUCUUCCCUC